UUUGGGAAUGCUUUAAUCCUUAAAACUGGAGGGAGAUCUUUUGAACUUUACAUUAAUUGAUAUAAUUACAGAGAUUAAAGUUCACUAAUAAAGAUGACCGAGAAUCAUGACCAAAUCUGGGGGGCGGUUAACCUUGACUAACAUGUCUGCCGACAACAGCCAAGAUGAGUCAGAUGGGGAUCCUCCAAUGGGGUCCUUUGUUGCCGUCACUUCUACCGUCAGAUUUCGAAACUUGAGGAAACAUCACCUCAAACGCAAUCCGCAGGUGAAGGCAUUUGAGCGAAGGUACACGGAACUGGGUCCGCAAUUGAUUCCAGAGCAGAAACGUAUAGACUACGUACUUGUUCAUAAAAACAAGUACUCCAAUGAUUACCAAGAUGACGAAGAAAAGCAAGAGGAGUUACGGAAAAAGGAGGAAAAGAGAGAUCGGUUUGAGUCAGCCCUGGCAAAAGAGGGGUUCGAUAUUCAAAAGGAAGUCAUCGGGGAAAAUGUAUUUGUGAAAUUACACUGUCCCUUCAAACGACUUUGUGCAGAGGCAGAAAUGGUUAAAAUGGAAAUGCCAUUACAUGGGUGUGCAAAUUAUCCAGAGGAAGCACAGAACUGCAUCAGUAAAUUUUUUGAGACAUAUUUUGAGACAGAUAAUGAAAUGGAUUAUGUGAGUGCCCCAUUUAUGAUGGAUAAAAUAAACCUGUAUGAAGGAUAUGAAGAUCCCACUCAUUUUUUCCGUCCAGCCAUUCGUUCAAUGCUGGUGGAUCACAUUCUCAUAAACAUUGAUAUCAGAACCAAGGAUGAAAAGAAAGAUAAAGCCGGCACAAAGAAAGUGAAAG